AUGGCGCUAGUGUUAGUGGAAUAUGAUGGUGUAGAUUGGCAACGCCGUGAGUGGGUGGCUGUGUAUUCUCGCCGAACGUUUCGUGUGUUUUUAGUGGAAAGAACUUUAGUUUGGGCUCCGAGAAAUAUUGAAGGAAAAGAAGUCAAAUGGCCUGCAUUGACGUUCACACCCCUGGCUGCGGACCUGACGCUGCAGGCCGAUGCUCAACCAGUAGAGUUUCUUCAUGAUCAGCAACUCGACUUCCUGGACUACGCGAACCUUCAACCCUAUCAGGACUGGGAUGCAAGACUGGCGGGUUCCGAGGCUGGUGUGGACGCGACCACGAUCGCCGCCGUAGCCAGUGAGGCAGCGGAGUGGCGCACCACGCAAGAUGGCCAGCGGAUCCUGACCACAACGCCUUCCGUGCUGGGCGGCUGCCGAGCGCAGGUCUACCGCGUUGCUGGAGCCACCCAGUGGUACACCGCCGUCAUUGUCGGAGUCAACGAGCACACUGGGGAGCUGACAGUGACGGAUGACACGGUGCUGGAGGAGCACAGCGAGGACCCGGCCCUCGUGCAGAUGAGGCUGCUCGGAGACGGAGUUAUCGAGUCCAUAAUGAGAGGAGAGGUCGUGGGCGUGAUGCCGAGGAGAUCGCGCUCCAACCUUCAAAGGAUCGAUCGUGAGAACACCAAGAGUCCAGCAAGCACCGGGGGCAGGAAGAAGGCAGCUGCAGUGAAGAGCAACGGCCAGAUCGCCACCACAGAGCCGCCACCGCAGCCGCCAGGCUCGUCCCCUGAGAGUGAAUCCGGCGACAUUAACAAAAAAGGUGUGGCCGUAAGUGUGAGUGCAAGUGAUGUCGUCGACGUCAGUGACGAAAACGACAAGUGUGUGAAAGCCGAGGAAGUGAGCAAGCCCGAGGUGGUCGCUAACAGUGAGGGUGAAGUGCGGAGUGAAGUGAGCGGUGCGGGCGCGGAUGGUGUGGCCAGCGCCGUGGCCUCCGAGGAGGAUGAUUGUGUGAUAGUGUGCGCUCGCGAUGCGGACGAGCGGUCCGACUCGGGCGUGAGCGGGCUCCGCUCGGGCGGCUCGGCGAGCUCGGUGGAGAGCGAGUGGCGCGGCAUGGCGCACGGCUACGGCGGCGGCCCGCCCCCGCCGCUGCUUCACCUGCCCCCGCCGCCGCCGGCGCUGUACGCCAACGAGCUGCUGUGGAAGCAGCGCUACCAGGCGCCGCUGCACGCGCCGUUGCACCACGCCAUCGCGGACGAGUUCCUCGCCGCGGCCAACUACGACAGAGAGAGACAUGAAAGACUGCUACGUGAUAGAAGAGAUCAGGAGCAACGAGAGUUGGAGAAGCAGCUGAAAGAAAGAAAAGAGAGAGAACGAAUAGAGCAAGAGCGAGAGAGGGAGAGGGAGAAGGAACGCGAGCGGGAAAAGCAUGAGCGGGAAGAGAAGGAGAGGCGAGACCAAGAAAAUGCUGCCUCCAAGCUAGUUUCGAGGCAUUUCGAAGAAUCCUUUAGGCUUGCUAAUCAGAAGCGGGAACGAAUGUCGUGGUCGCUUCUGAACAGCUUGGCGCCUAGUAGGGGGGCGGCGGGGGACCACGAGCGGCUGCGGGCGCCUCCGCCGGACCGCGCCUACUACUCGCCGCCCGCGCACCCCUCGCACCCCGCGCACCCUGCGCAUCCCAACACCAGGCCGCCCGCGCCCUCCCCCUCCGACUACCACUCCCGCCUCUCGAUAUCGUCCAAACAGGACAAACCUCCCCCUCAUCCCUCGCUCCCCAAGGGCGAACCCAACUUCGCGCCCUACAAUUACACCUAUAGAUCCUACGAUAAGUUAAAAGAACAGCACCUGCCGGCGCCCCCGCCGCUGGUGCCGGAAAAGAACUCUGUGAUAGUCAAACACGACGCCAAACAGAUCCACCUGGAGCAGAAGCACCCGUACCCGAGCAAGCCGCGCAGCGAGCCCUCGCCGCACUACCUGCCCUCGCGGCCCUACCGCACCGGGCUCUCGCCGCACGCGCCCGCGCACCCGCACGCCGCGCUGCAGACCUCGCCGCACGCCGCGCUGCCCGCGCAGGACAAGCCGCGCCGGCCGCUCUACCAGCCGCCGCCGCGCUCGCCCGCCUACUACCCCGCCGCGCCGCCCGCCAGGCCCAAGGUGUCCAGCCCCGCGCCGCCGCACAUCUACGGCAAGCCCGGCGGCUCGUCCGCGCCCGCGCACUACGCCGUCGCCGUCGAGCCGCCCGUGCCGCUGGCCAAGGCCGAGCCGCCGCCCGUGCCCUACCCGCCGCCGUCCGCCUACUCGCCCGCGCCGCGCUCGCGCCCGCCGCCCGUCGCGCACGCGCGCACGCCCGAGCCGCGCCCGCCGCCCCGCUCGACCUGGGCGUCGCGCGCGACGACCCCGGAGCCGCCGCGCCGCGCGCCGCCGGCCGGGCCCGCGCGCCCCGCCGGCGAGUCGUUCCUGCAGAACGGGCCGUGCUUCGAGGUGGCGCCGCGCCUGGCCAAGUGCCGCGAGUGCCGCUGGUCGCCGGCGCAGCGCGACAAGGACAUGCCGAACAUCUUCUGCCGUUUCUACGCUUUCCGAAGACUGAAGUACGCCAAGAAUAGGCAACUAGCUAUAGCCGGGUUCUCGGACCCGUACAAGGACGCUGAUGAGGAGGAUAAAAAAUUAUGGCUGUCAUCAUCCGCCGGAGCUGCGGAAUUAGAUAUAGAAAUGAGUUGCUUCCUAUUGAGGGAGAUUGGAGACCAGUUCUGUGAACUGCUACAACAAGAAAAAGAGGCCGAAUCGCACCAUUUAAAUGACGAUAAGACGAUUGCAUGGAAGCGCGUGGUACAAGGGGUUCGGGAGAUGUGCGACGUUUGUGAGACGACGCUCUUCAACUUCCACUGGACCUGCGGCAAAUGCGGCUUCGUCGUCUGCUUAGAUUGCUAUAAGUCAAGGACAUCAGGCAGUGAGUCAAGUAACAAUACCAAUGAAACAAAUAAUACUACUAAUGUUAGCAGCAAUGGCGAAAGAGAUUCCUUCGGCUGGUUGACGUGCACCUCGGGCGGCGCUCACCCGGCCCGGCGGCUGCUGCUGACGCAGAUCGCAGCGGGAGGAGCGUUGGCAGCGGCGGCGGCGCGGGCGCACGCGGCGCGCGCGGCCUGGUCGCUGCCCGCUUGCGCCUGUGGCCUACAUCCCGCGCCCGCGCCCGCUCAUAAACAAGCCGCUAAGCAUCUGCUGCACCGAGCGUUAAAUAAGAACAUCAAAAAGGAGGAUGUCAAAGAAGAAAACGCGUCUACAAACGGUUCUUCACCAGUCAAAUCAGAAAACGGGAAAACUAGUAAUAGUGUCGUCAGCUGGCUGUCGGACAUACCCUUGAAGACCGAGACAAAAGAGGAGAAAUCCGACUCUAGUUCUUCCGAUUCGGAGGAGGGCGGGAACUUCUCGACUCUCCGGGAGUUGUUGAUACGACCGGCGCCCGAGGGCGGGGAGGCCCAGCCUAAGAAGAAGCAGAAGAAGAACAAAGGCGAUACGUUAGACGAUGUGAUAUCUAGUGUUGUGGAUGAGAAAAAAGAUGAGGAUGAGGAUUCCAAGCCGUUUGCGCUGUCGAAUGUGGUGAAACGUUACGAGCGCGGCGGGCGCGGGCGCGAUGACCUGCCCGUGCGGAUCAUGACGCUCACGGAGUCCAAACUGCUGUAUCCCGACGUGCCGCACGCCUGGCUGUGCGACGGCCGCCUGCUGCACCUCACCGACCCCACGCAUGCUGGCAACUAUAAGCCCUUCCAGGACCAAUGGAAGCGCGGCCAACCCGUUCUAGUCUCAGACGUGUCGACGAUCCUCGACAAGGACCUGUGGAGCCCCGAGAGCUUCUCGCGCGACUUCGGCGACACGCGCGUGGACCUCGUGAACUGCGCGUCCGGGCUCGUCGUGCCCAACCAGCCCGCGCGCAAGUUCUGGGACGGCUUCGAGCUCGCCGCCAAGCGCCUGCGCGACGAGCGCGGCGCGCCCAUGGUGCUCAAGCUCAAGGACUGGCCGCCCGGCGAGGACUUCGCCGAGCUGCUGCCCACGCGCUUCGACGACCUCAUGCGCGCGCUGCCGCUCGCCGAGUACACCUCGCGCCACGGCAAGCUCAACCUGGCCGCGCGCCUGCCCGAGUGCUUCGUGCGCCCCGACCUCGGGCCCAAGAUGUACACCGCGUACGGCGGCGCCGGCGGCACCACCAACCUGCACCUCGACGUCAGCGACGCCGUCAACGUCAUGGUGCACGCCAGCGCGCCCGCCGACGCGCCCGAGCGCGCGCGCGAGGCCGCCCGCGCCGCCGACGAGGCCGGCGUGGACGUGCUGUCGCGGCGCCGCGCGCGCGUGCGCCCGCCGGCCGCGCUGUGGCACAUCUACGCGGCGCGCGACGCCGACAAGAUCCGCGACUUCCUGGUGCGCGCCGAGCUGGAGCGCGGGGCGCGGCCGCGCGCGGCGCACGACCCGGUGCACGACCAGACGUGGUACCUGGACGCGGCGCUGCGCGAGCGCCUGUACCGCGAGUACGGCGUGGAGGGCUACGCCGUGCUGCAGUGCCCGGGCGACGCCGUCUUCGUGCCGGCCGGCGCGCCGCACCAGGUGCGCAACCUGCUGGACUGCAUCAAGGUGGCCGAGGACUUCGUGUCGCCGGAGAACGUGUCGCGCUGCUUCGAGCUGGCGCAGCAGUUCCGGCGGCUGUCGCACCAGCACUCCAACAAGGAGGACAAGCUGCAGAUCAAGAACAUCGUGUACCACGCGGUCAAGGACUCGCUGUGCUGCCUGGAGGAGGCGUUCGCCGAGGCCGCCGAGUAGGCCCGGCGCCGCCCGCGUUUGAUCUCAACCUCGACGUAACAUUAAUCGCUAAGUUCCGCAUUUAACGUAAGAUUGGGAGCGAGUGUGAUACGCGCUGUGCGCCGUUUCGUGUAUAAGAUGCCAUUUUUAAGCGUCCGAGUGGAAUGUGUACCAGUUAUGUGUGUAAAUGUACUCGAAAUGUGAUUUGUCCGACGGUCGCGAUCGGAGUUCGUGCAAUGUAAAUUAGUCUGAUUAUCGUGAUAUCGUUGAAAUGUGGAUAUGUUUUAUGUUCCUUAAUCGAAAUACAAAUAAACUCUUCUUAUUACAGCUUAAUUGUAGCUAUAGUGAUAUGUAUGUAUUGUGUAAAUUUUUAAUUCGAAUUCCAUCGAGUACAUAUUAAGAAGUGUAUACUUUUAAGUUAUUAUAUUGAAGUAAAACGUAUUCGCUCGAAGCAUUGUACAUUAAACACGGCGUGUAGAUAAGUUUCUCCUAUUAUUAGAUUUCUCAAUUUGGUUAGUAUGUUACAAAAUGAUAGAUAACGAAAUAUGUGACAAUUUCAUUUUGUCCUUAUUGCUGUAUUAGACGAAAGCAAGUUUUUUUUGUACUGUGUAUAUUAUGUAUGGUUAUAAGUUGGAAUAAAAAAAGAUGUUUAUAUUA